UCCGGGUCCUCCUGUGAGUCCGGGUCCUCCUGUGAGUCCGGGUCCUCCUGUGAGUCCGGGUCCUGCAGCCUGUCCCUUUUGAUCUAAACCUCUAACAACUCUUCAUCGUUAUACUUGGAUCAAGCUGAAGAAGCAGAGCAGCCCUGCACCAAACUCCGUUUAAAAAAAAGGUCAUUUAUAGUGUCGGUGCUCAUCCAGCCGAAGGUUUGUUCGGGUUCAGUCGGAACAAAACGCGAGCCCACUCGGUCACUGUCACAUGUCGGUGCAGGUGUGGUGCCUGUCAUUUCGACAGCCGUACGCCGGCCUGGUUCUGGACGGGGUGAAGACCGUGGAAAGCCGCUGGAGGCCCUUGUUGGCCCCGCUGGAGAAUCGGACCCUUGCAGUCCACAUCGCCUGGCGUGACUGGGAGGGGGAGGAGUGGCGGGCGGUGCUGAGUGGCCUGCUUGGGAUGAACCAGGCUCAGAUACGAGGGCUCUUGGAGUCCGGAGAGAGGUUCGGCCGAGGUGUGGUGGCAGGAUUGGUGGAUGUGGGAGGGACCUGGAUGUGCCCCGCCUCCCUACAGGGGGAGGAGCUGCAGUGCCUGGAACGGUCAGCCGUUCUGAUUGGCCUGCAGGAGAAGCACCUGACCCACUUGUCCAACCCUCGCUGGCUGAGGGAGCCGCUGAGCGCUCGAGGAGGUCGCGACCUCUGGACCAUUGAGAUCCCCACUGAGCUGUUACCAUGACAAUGGAUACAAACGUCCUCCCACACAGAAGGUCAACUGAAGAUCCACGUCGUGAUGCAGAUGCACAUCACAGCAUGACAUCACAGCAGUCUGGCUAACACAGUAAACCAUCACCUUUGAACUUCUCGUCACGUUUUACUUCCUAUCAAAGUGUUUGUGAGCAUGAGGACGACUGACUCCAUCACCUGUUCCAAUAUGUCCAGUCAGCUGCCGUGACAUUCACUGACUCAAACACCUGUUGGCCGCGGGCCUCCAUGUUGUCCAGAGCAGACGCACCGGAACCCGACUCUACUGAACGGACCAUCAUCAUCAAUCACCACCCACACACAGAGUCAGUUCUGUUUUUGUUUUGUAAAUAAAGUUUUUCAGUUUGUUCGGGG